AAAUUCCUCGUUUUCUAUGAUUGCGUGCUGCUUUGGAGGACGAACGGCAAGAAGCCACCAACUUGGCACCAAAAUCGUUGUGAUCUUCCUCAUCGUGCCGCUGAGAUCAAGUGCACACUCAUCGGCCAGAAAAAAUGGAUCAUAAUGUUGGGUCAAGCAAUGAUGAGAAUUCUGAUGUUCGACCCUUAAAGAAAGCAAAGAUGAGUGAAGAAAGAUGAAAAGAUAAUGGCAUCGCCAACCAGAGAGACAUUGUCUUCAUAUUCUGAAUUGAUAGAUAAGCAAGUGAGAGAAGAAAAACUUCCAUUGGAUGAUGAACAUAAUAAUAAAAAGAUAAAAUUUCAGCCUCAAAUUACUAAAGAGGCAAAAUUUCAGCCAAAUUUUUUGUCGGGACUAGAUCGGGAAGGUGGAUUGGGGGAGAGGAGCCAGAUGGGUGCAGAGGACGUGAGGAUGCGAUGCGGGUGCGUCGCGAGCCCGUUGACAGCUACAUCCUUAUUUGCUGCCUUUGGUUUCCUUCUCUAUGGAGGGAGGUUAUUCCUGAUGUUGCAGCGUUUCCCUGUUGAGUCAAAAGGUCGUCGGAAAAAGUUGAAUGAGGUUGGCUAUGUGACCGCCAUUUGCUUUGGUUGCUUCUUGACCAGAUGCAUAAUGAUGUGCUUAAGUGCAUUUAAUAAAGAUGCUGAUCUUGAUGUUCUGAACCAUCCAAUCCUGAACUUCUUUUACUACUUGCUGGUUGAGAUUGUACCCUUGUCUUUGGUGUUGUUCAUCUUACGGAAACUGCCGCCAAAACGUGGGAUUGCACAGUACCAUCCAAUACAUUAGUCAGGAUUCCGAAAUGUGCAUGGUCCAUUGCUAACAGUUCCAUCCAAUUGCCAACUACAACAAGGCAAAUGUGAGUUUUUUAGAUGAAGGAUGAGACACCAUAUACCUUUCUUUGUAGGUUAAUAGCUUUCAUACGAAGUAGGUCUGGCAAAUAUAGCUUGUUAAAAAUGUAACCUCACGGUUUGUUGUAAUCCCAAUUCCCAACAACUGUCACCAAUACAACCUAUUUCUUGAAUUGAGGUUUCCGGUUGUAAACUUCAGAACAGAAGACAACACUGAGAAUUGUUUGUGAUUGAGAAAGUGUGUGAUAGGAUCAUAAGAUUGGCUAUUUCAGAA